GUCGUUCACCGAAUCAAAGAAAUCCAUGAAAAAGUUGUUGCAAAAAAAUUAGAAACUAUUCCCUUGUCUUCCUUUAAUACAACUAAUUGGCAAGCAUUUUCUCUCAAAACUGAUGUCAAAAUAAAAUGGAUUAUUAAUGACUCAUUAGAUGAAACUGUUGACAUCGAGGAAUAUGUUUGGAGUGAUUAUCCUGAAAGUCAUGAAACACAACGUAAAAAUUAUAUGUCUUAUCUCAAAAGGCAUAUCAACUUAUUACCACAAAUUUCGAUCCUUGACGUUGCAACAAAUAAGACAUUUCUUCAAUUAUAUAAUGACCCUCGUUUACCAUUUAAUUUAUCUGGUGGCACAGACGUUAUUUUGUUUGAGACUGCGGCUGAAACUCUUCCCCAAACUGGAAUUCGAAGUGUAAUUGAAUUGAAAAAGCAAGUGCAACCAGUCGAUGUGUAUCAAGUAGUAAUGCAGAUGAUAAUCGCAGAUAUAAUCACUCCAAAUCAUAUUUCUGCUAUUGGCAUACUAACUGACCUAAAAGACAAUUGGAACGUAUUUUGGCUUAAUGAGAAAGAAGUGAUUGGUACUAAGUUUACACAACGAAAAUCAGCAAUUAAAUUUAUUGAAUCAAUGAUUUUGGAAGAAGAGUGGGCUACAAAAAAAAGACGUGAAAAAAAUAUCAAUUUGGAAUAG